AUGGCAUGUAAUGUCAGGUGCUCAGACACCCACCGAAUUAGUGCCGGUGCCAGGUUCCGUGCACAGCCUGGCACCCUCGAAGCUUCGGGCGGCUCUCGGAGCCUCCCUGCUCCUGUCUUCCCUGUAGUCCGUGCUCGGAGGGAUUCCUCGGCAUUUCGGCGAUUACAUGGUCUUCUCUCUGCUGUGGAGGCUGGCGAGGAUGCUCUACGCAGAAAAUUAUUCUUUUUCAUCCUUUCAAUGCCUUGGCUUUCACUACUAACAGUAAGAAGUGCAGUUAGCACAGAAAAACCUGAAAAGAAAAUUUACUCCUGCCCAGAACUUCAGCGCAGUGUUCCUGCAGCCAAUGUCUUACGAGCUAGAGAUGGUCCCAAAGUCCCACUAACAGAAACUAAAGACUUGCAGAGACAAGUAACUGCUUUGGAAACAAAUGCACAGAUUUUGGAGGCUGAAUUCAAUAGACACAAAAAAGAAAUCAUGUUGUCUUACUCAUCCUACAUCUUCAUAGCACUGGCUGCUUUGUUAGUGACUUGCCAUGCAUUGAGUAAGUGUCCAGGAAUUUCUGGGCUGCCUGGUAUCCCUGGAAGAGAUGGUGUGAAAGGUCUGCCUGAUUCUCUGGCCACCAAACGUCACUAUGCUUUAGCAAAUUUGAAACGCCGGCUGUUCCAACUUGAAGCUGUGCUUGCUUUGACUGGGAAAAUAAGAAAAGCAGGAGAGAAAAUGCUUGCCAGCAAUGGGAAGAAAGUUGACUUUGCAUCUGCACUACAGUCCUGUGAAGAGGUUGGAGGAACUCUUGCAGCCCCCAAGAAUGAGGAGGAGAAUAAAGCUAUUAUGGGCAUUGUGAAACAGUAUAACCAAUAUGCUUACUUGGGCAUUAGAAAGGGGGAGACUUCAGGUCAGUUUAGGUAUAUAAAUGACAUGCCUCUGAAUUACAGCAACUGGCACCAGCAUGAGCCUGAUGGCAAAGGGGAAGAGAAAUGUGUGGAGAUAUACACUGAUGGCACCUGGAAUGACAAAAAAUGCAAUAAGUACCGUCUCACAAUCUGCGAAUUUUAA